UAGCGGCCCCGGCUGAACCCCCGGGAGCGGCAGGGCCGCGGCGUGGAGAGCCGGGCGCGGAGCGGGGUGGGGGCGCUCGGAGGGCGCGCGCGCGCGGGAAGGGAGGGCUCCGCCUCGGCCGGCUCUUCCCCUCCCCGCCCCCCGUCCCUCGGGCGGCUGCUGGGGCGCGCGCUGACCUCGCACCCCCACCCCCUCGGCCGUCCACGCUCCGCGGGGGGCCGACCCCGCCGCCCAAGGCCGGGGUGCGGGUGCGCCGAGCGGUUCCGGGUUUAGGGUUCACAGGUCAGAGUUGACUCCCUGAAAAGUGCAGCCGGUUUGCAAUGCAAGAUGGCGGCGGCGGCGGGGCGUUGAGAGGCGCGGCGGCCCCUGCAGGUGAUUGGAGUUGUGCUUCAAAAAUUUCAACAGUUCAUCAGUAUUUUAUCUGCCAACAAUAAGCUCUUUAUUUGAUUGCAUCAUGAAAAAGCUGCUAAUGAGACUGGUUGAACACAAAGACGAACAUGAAGAACCAAAAGCCAUCGUUUUCAAGUGAAGAAUAAUGAACAUUAAGCCGCAGAGCUUUUUAAUCGCCACUGAGAUUUCCCCCAUACCAUCAUAAUGGCAAGCAGGCGAAAAUCAACAGUACCCUGCAUGGUCCUUGCCAGCGAACAGGAUCCAGAUCUGGAAUUAGUAUCAGAUGUGGAUGAGGGCCCUCCUGUGCUCACACCGGUAGAGAACACCAGAGCAGAGAGUAUCUCGAGUGACGAAGAAGUUCAUGAAUCAGUGGAUUCUGACAAUCAGCAAAAUAAAAAAGUUGAAGGUGGCUAUGAAUGUAAAUAUUGUACUUUUCAAACUCCAGAUCUAAAUAUGUUUACUUUUCAUGUGGAUUCAGAACAUCCCAAUGUCGUGCUAAAUUCUUCUUACGUUUGUGUUGAAUGCAAUUUUCUUACCAAAAGGUAUGAUGCACUUUCUGAGCAUAAUCUGAAAUACCAUCCUGGAGAAGAGAAUUUUAAGUUGACAAUGGUGAAACGAAACAAUCAGACAAUCUUUGAACAAACCGUGAAUGAUCUGACUUUUGACGGCAAUUUUGUUAAAGAGGAGAAUGCAGAGCAAGCAGAAUCUACAGACGUCUCUUCCGGAAUAUCUAUCAGUAAAACUCCCAUCAUGAAGAUGAUGAAAAACAAGGCAGAGAACAAACGGAUCACUGUCCAUCAUAACUCUGCUGAGGGUGUUUCCGAAGAGAAAGAGAGUGACGUCAAAGCAGACCGUGAAGAAGCUGCCGAAAACCCAAGCUCUUCAGCCUCUGACUCGAACACGAGUGCUUCUGUUGUCAACAGGAUACACCCACAUACUGCCAAUGCGGUGGUGACACCCGCAGCCGUCCUGCCUGGCCUGGCCCAGGUGAUCACGGCUGUCUCGGCACAGCAGAACUCUAACUUGAUCCCCAAAGUCUUAAUCCCUGUUAAUAGCAUUCCUGCCUACAAUGCUGCACUGGAUAACAACCCUCUUUUGCUGAACACCUACAACAAAUUCCCUUACCCAACCAUGUCAGAAAUCACAGUGCUGUCUGCUCAAGCGAAAUACACUGAGGAACAGAUCAAAAUCUGGUUUUCAGCCCAGCGCCUCAAACAUGGGGUUAGCUGGACUCCCGAGGAAGUGGAGGAGGCCAGAAGAAAGCAGUUCAAUGGAACAGUCCACACGGUACCUCAGACCAUCACUGUUAUUCCUACUCACAUCUCCACUGGGAGCAAUGGGUUACCAUCCAUCCUACAGACAUGCCAAAUAGUUGGUCAGCCAGGCCUGGUCCUGACGCAAGUCGCUGGGGCCAACACCUUGCCGGUCACAGCACCUAUAGCCUUGACAGUGGCGGGGGUUCCGAAUCCAACCAGUGUACAGAAAAGUCAGGUGCCCGCUGCCCAGCCUGUGGCCGAGACAAAGCCUGCGACAGCAGCCGUUCCAGCCCCUCAGCUGGUCAAACACGAAACCGCCUUGGCAAACCCGGAUUCUUUUGGCAUCCGGGCCAAAAAGACAAAGGAGCAACUGGCCGAACUGAAAGUGAGCUACCUUAAGAAUCAGUUUCCCCACGACUCCGAAAUUAUCAGACUCAUGAAAAUCACGGGCCUGACCAAAGGAGAAAUUAAAAAGUGGUUUAGUGACACAAGGUACAACCAGAGAAAUUCAAAGAGCAAUCAGGGCUCACAUCUCAACAGCGAUGCCUCCGUCCCGAUUGUCAUAGACUCCAGCGAUGAGACCACUGAGUCUCCCACCACGGUGACUGCCCAGCACAAGCCAACCUGGAAUCCUUUGCCUGACUUCACCCCUCCCAGGUUUAAAGAGAAGACCUUAGAGCAGCUUAGCGCCCUGCAGGCCAGCUUUCUCAGCAGCUCCGUCCUCACCGACGAAGAACUCAACAGGCUAAGAGCGCAAACCAAACUCACCCGGAGGGAAAUCGAUGCAUGGUUUACGGAGAAGAAGAAAUCCAAAGCUUUAAAAGAGGAGAAAAUGGAAAUGGAUGAAAGUCAUGUAGGGAGUUCCAAAGAAGAAGCGGGAGAGACUUCUCCCGGUGAUGAAUCCAGUGCCCCCAAGCCAGGCAGUGCAGGUAAGAUAUGUAAAAAAACACCCGAGCAGCUGCACCUGCUUAAAAGCGCCUUUGUCCGAACGCAGUGGCCAUCGCCAGAAGAGUAUGACAAGCUGGCGGAAGAAAGUGGGCUUGCUCGAACAGACAUCGUUAGCUGGUUUGGGGACACCCGAUACGCCUGGAAAAAUGGGAGCUUAAAAUGGUACUACUACUAUCAAAGCGCCAGUUCAGGUGGUAUGAAUGGUCUGUCUUCUCUGAGGAGACGGGGGCGAGGGAGACCUAAAGGAAGGGGUCGGGGGAGACCCCGAGGGCGGCCGAGAGGAAGCAAGAGGUUUAACAACUGGGAUCGGGGCCCUUCCCUCAUCAAGUUUAAAACUGGAACGGCAAUCCUGAAGGAUUAUUACCUGAAGCACAAAUUUCUCAAUGAGCAAGACCUGGAUGAACUUGUCAACAAAUCACACAUGGGCUACGAGCAGGUGAGAGAGUGGUUCGCAGAGAGACAGAGAAGAUCUGAGCUAGGGCUGGAAUUGUUCGAGGAAAAUGAGGAGGAAGAGGAAGUUGUCGAGGACCAGGAAGAAGAUGAAGAAGAAACGGAUGAUAGUGACACGUGGGAACCACCAAGGCACGUGAAGCGGAAGCUCUCCAAAUCAGAUGACUGAAAGGUUUUUUAUUGUAUUUUUCUUUUAUAGCUACCUAAAACAUUGGAAGAGAAUCAGUUCUUCAACUCUUGAUGUCUGAUUUACUGUGAAUGGGCCCAAUCUUUGAUGACACUGAAAACAUUUUAGGGGCAUAUGCAUUCUGAAAAAGAAUAGGAUCCAGUACCCAAAAGAAAUGGAAUUUAAUGUUGUGCCAAAGUUAAACUACUGCAGUUGGCGGAAGUUCUGUAAUGUAAAUAGAACACUAAUGAAAAAACAACUUGUAAAAAUUCACAUUUUAAUACAGUACAUUUUUAUUCUGAUAUGAUGGAGACAUUCUAAUUCUUAGAUUUUCUGAGGGGUUAAAUGACCACUAAAGCUUGUCCUCAUAUUUUGUCAAGCUUAAUACUGUAUGUCCAGUAAGAUGGGCUUUAUUGCCUGUGUUCUUUGAUAUGUGAUUAAGCUUAUAACUUUGAGUGACCAAACAUUUUACAGAGUUAGAAACAGGAAAUAAAGAAGACCUGAUUUAUUACUGUCAUAUUUAUCAGGUUCUGCACGAAGAUUAAAACGUUUUGCCUGGGCUUAUACAAUUUUAACGUACAUGGGAAAGCUAAGUAUUGACAUACUAGAACAGUAAGAUUUUGUGGUAUCAUUGGACUUUAAUUAUUGGAUAUUUUUGCUGAACACAUUUGUGGAUACUGGUAUUGCUACUUGUAAUACUUCUGUUAAUUUUCUCAUUAGUAGCUGAAUUUGCUUUUUUUAAAAACUGAAGAUAAUCAGUACUGAAGAAGGAAAAGUGACAUAUGAAUUUGAAUAAGGUGAAACAAUGAAAUAAACAUGAAGCUAAUGUGAAAAACAAUCUUGUAAGUGAAUAUGUAGUAUUUUCUUACAAUCAUUUGGAAAUCAGAAAUGUUUGUACAAGCAUCAGAUCAGAAUUUCUAAGAAUUAUCUGUCAGUGAAAUUCUCCAUUACGUAAUGGUUUCAAUGACAGAGAAAAAAUUCUGGACUGACUAAAAACUAAAAUGUUAAAUUUUUAUUUAUGAAUUAUGGGAGUGUUAACUGUUAGCUCUUGCCAUGUCAGGAGACUAAAAGGUCUUACUGGUUUACAAACUCUGUAAAGACCGGUGCUGUUCAUUCAUGUUGAGAAGGACCCUUUCUUUUGUGGCGUAUAGGACCAUUUUUCAAAAUGUGCUUUUCUUCAUAGAAGACAUGUUCAGUUUAAUUAGCUUUGGGUUUUCAGAUGUUUUUUCUGAAUGACCAGAUAUAGUGGGCUUGGCCAGUUUAUUUUAUCUAAUUUAAUGAAUAAUAAAUAUAAAGCUUUUGUUUUUUACCAAAAUGUUUGCUGGCUAAUGAAGUGUUAUGAAAAAGCCUUGACUAUGCAUGCUGCUUUCAUUUUUAUAAACUUUUUAUUUUUUAACUACAGCUUUAUUAGUAAUUCCAAAAUGCUGCAAUCUUGCUGAUUUCUUUACUCAGACAGCUGGCUUUGUGGGUGGCUUUUUCAUACUACUGUUAACUUUUUUAAAAAGAAGCAAUGUAAAGACUGUAACAAUUUAAUGCACUAAAUGGAUCUUUCUUUACACUGUUUAAAAACUUCUUAAGACACUCUGUAUUAUAAUGAUUAAAUUGCUCCCUUUUUUAAAACCAUU